UUUUCCGCUUUAAAAUCUAAAAAAAUUUAUGUUAUUUUCCGCCAGAAAGGGUUUUUGAAGGGAAGCCCAAGGAGAAACCCCCAAAACCCCCUUGUCCAUUUUCCUUUCUUUUAUUUUGCAUUUUGGGUCAAGAAUUGAAGCAAAAUAGUGAUGGCUGAAGAAGAAGUUACGGCGCCGGCGGCAUCAGAGGCGUCGGUGACAAUGACGGAGCAAACUCCAGACCUGAAAAUUGGGGAAACCCUAGAAACGCAAGGUUCAAUCGAAGCCACAAUUGAGUCUGCGGUUCAAGGAGGCACCGAGUCGACAUGCAACAAUAACGAUAAUGCUGAAAUUCUUGGACUUGCGUCGGAUGUUGAUCGAGAGAAGACGCUGGAGUUAGCAGAUGAGUUGGCGGAGAAAGGAUCUAAGGCUUUUAAAGAAAACGAUUUCGCCGAAGCUGCUGAUUGCUUUAGCCGCGCCCUUGAAAUCAGGGUUGCCCUUCAUGGUGAACUUGCCGUUGAAUGUCUGAAGGCUUACUAUCUGUAUGGACGUGCACUGCUGUACAAGGCUCAAGAGGAGACUGAUCCCUUGGUUUCUGUGCCAAAGAAGGAGGGUGAGACUCAGCAAGGCUCGAACAAAGAAGAGUCUGUUAAAAGUGCUGUAAAUGGUGAAUCUUCAGUUGCUUCCGUAUCAAGUGAUGCCAAACAGGACGAGAGUUCAACUCAGCAGGAGGGAGCUACCGAAGAUGGUGGAAGAGAUGAGGAAGAGGAAGAUGAGGAUAGCGACACUGAUGAUGUGGCUGGAGCAGAUGAGGAUGAUUCUGACCUGGAUUUGGCAUGGAAAAUGCUAGAUGUUGCCAGGGCAAUUGCUGAAAAACAACAGUUGGGUGACACCAUGGAGAAAGUGGAUAUUUUAUCAGCAUUGGCUGAGGUUGCCUUGGAACGAGAGGACAUUGAAUCUUCACUCAGUGACUACCAGAAAGCCCUUUCCAUUUUGCAACAGCUGGUUGAACCAGAUCACCGCCAAAUUGCUGAACUAAAUUUUCGAAUAUGUAUGUGUUUGGAAAUUGGCUCAAAGCCCCAAGAAGCAAUUCCGUACUGUCAGAAGGCCAUCUCAGUUUGCAGGUCUCGGCUGGAGCGUCUAACAAAUGAAGUAAAGAGUUCUGCAGGAUCAGCAUCGUCUUCAGCUGCCUCUGAAUUAGAUGAUGGUGUAGAACAGUCCUCCAAUGGCUCUCAGACUGUUAAAUCUAUUGCAGAUAAAGAAGCAGAAAUUGCAACACUUGCUGGACUUGCUGAAGACCUGGAAAAGAAGCUUGAAGAUCUGCAGCAGCUGGCCUCCAACCCGAAGUCAAUUAUUGCUGAACUCCUGGGAAUGGUAUCUGCCAGGGGAAGGGAUGGUGAGAAGAGUGCUGCACCCACCACAGUGAGCUCUUCACGGAUUGCUACUGCUAACAGCAAUGGAAAUUUUGAUUCUCCAACUGUAUCCACUGCUCACUCAAAUGGGACUGCAGGGGUCACGCACCUUGGAGUUAUAGGAAGAGGAGUGAAGCGAGUUUUGAUGAGUACAGGCUCGGUAGAAUCAAGCUCAGCAAAGAAACCUGCAAUCGAGCCAUCAUCUGACAAUGGAGAUGGCAGCAGUGCCUCCUGAUGUUUGUGGUCCUAGAUUUUGGCAAUGCAUGCUUAGUAAUUCCUAAUACUAAUUAGUAGUCAUUGGUUUAUGCUAUGCUGUUGAACCGUACCAGAUUAAUGCUUGAUGUUAUGAAUUCUUGCCAAGCUGCUAAACUAGUUCUGCUUAUAACUGCCAUCUGUAAUAGUAAGCUAAGGUUUAUGUACCAGUUUCCUGUUCUCAUAACUGAUGUAUUCUGCUGUCA